AUGGUAAAUGCAACAAAGGGAUAUUUUCUUAGGACAGAACCAAGCGUUAAAGAAGUCGUGCUGAAACUAGGCGAAUCAGAAAACUUCGUUAUUGAGGAUAUAAACGAAACAUCUGUGUUUAUAACGCCAGAAGCAGCGUCAGAUAUAAAAGAAAGAGUUGAGCUUAUAAUGAAUAGUGCAAAGAACCCAACAAAGCAGUAA